AUGAUUACACUCACAGAGCUCAAGUGUUUAGCAGAUGCGCAGUCAUCUUAUCACAUCCUAAAGCCGUGGUGGGACGUCUUCUGGUAUUACCUCACCCUAAUCAUGCUGCUGGUGGCCGUGCUGGCUGGGGCCCUGCAGCUGACGCAGAGCAGAGUUCUGUGCUGUCUUCCGUGCAAGGUGGAGUUUGACAAUCACUGUGCCGUGCCUUGGGACAUCCUGAAAGCCAGCACCAACGCGUCCUCGGAUUCAGGGACGCCGCUUCCCCUCCCCCUCCGAAUACAGAACGACCUUCACCGCCAGCAAUACUCCUACAUCGACGCCGUCUGCUAUGAGAAACAGCUUCACUGGUUCGCAAAGUUUUUCCCCUACCUGGUGCUCUUGCACACACUCAUCUUUGCGGCCUGCAGCAACUUUUGGCUUCACUACCCCAGUACCAGUUCUAGGCUCGAGCAUUUCGUGACCAUCCUCCACAAGUGCUUCGAUUCGCCGUGGACCACCCGCGCCCUGUCAGAGACUGUGGCCGAGCAGUCCGUGAGGCCCCUGACCCUCUCCAAGGCCAAGGUUUUGCUUUCGUCCUCGGGGUGUUCCGCAGAUGUCGAUUCCAACAAGCAGUCGCUGACCUACCCACAGCCUGGCUUGGAAUCUGGGAGCAUAGAAAGCCCGACUUCCAGUGUCUUGGACAAGAAGGAGGGUGAGCAGGCCAAGGCCAUCUUCGAGAAGGUGAAAAGGUUCCGUCAGCACGUGGAGCAGAAGGACAUCAUUUACAGGGUCUAUCUGAAGCAGAUAAUCGCCAAGGUCAUUCUGUUUCUCCUGAUCAUAACUUACGUUCCGUACUUUUUAACCUACAUCACUCUUGAAAUUGACUGUUCUGUGGAUGUGCAAGCUUUUACAGGAUACAAGCGCUACCAAUGUGUCUACUCCUUGGCAGAAAUAUUUAAAGUCCUGGCUUCGUUUUAUGUCAUUUUAGUUAUACUUUAUGGUCUCACCUCCUCCUACAGUUUGUGGUGGAUGCUGAGGAGUUCUCUGAAGCAAUAUUCCUUUGAGGCAUUGAGAGAAAAAAGCAACUACAGUGAUAUCCCCGAUGUCAAGAACGACUUUGCCUUCAUCCUCCACCUGGCUGACCAGUACGACCCCCUCUACUCCAAACGCUUCUCCAUAUUCCUGUCGGAGGUCAGCGAGAACAAACUGAAACAGAUCAACCUCAAUAACGAGUGGACGGUGGAGAAACUGAAAAGUAAGCUUGUGAAGAAUUCCCAGGACAAGGUAGAACUGCAUCUUUUUAUGCUAAAUGGUCUUCCAGACAAUGUCUUUGAGCUGACUGAAAUUGAAGUGCUGAGCCUGGAGCUUAUCCCUGAGGUCAAGCUGCCCUCAUCCGUCUCCCAGCUCAUCAACCUCAAGGAGCUUCAUGUGUACCAUUCGUCAUUGGUGAUAGACCAUCCCGCGCUGGCCUUUCUAGAGGAGAAUUUGAAAAUCCUCCGUCUGAAAUUUACUGAAAUGGGGAAGAUCCCACGCUGGGUCUUUCACCUGAAGAAUCUUAAGGAACUUUAUCUUUCGGGUUGUGUUCUGCCCGAGCAGCUGAGUACCAUGCAGCCAGAGGGAUUUCAGGACUUAAAAAACCUGAGGACCCUUUACUUGAAGAGCAGCCUCUCCCGGAUCCCACAGGUCAUCACAGACCUCCUGCCGUCCCUGCAGAAGCUGUCCCUCGAUAACGAGGGAAGCAAACUGGUUGUAUUGAACAACUUGAAAAAGAUGGUCAAUCUGAAAAGCCUAGAGCUAAUCAGCUGUGACCUAGAACGCAUUCCACACUCCAUCUUCAGCUUGAACAAUUUGCAUGAGUUAGAUCUAAAGGAAAACAACCUUAAAACUGUGGAAGAAAUCAUUAGCUUUCAGCAUCUCCAGAAUCUUUCCUGCUUGAAGUUGUGGCACAAUAACAUCGCUUAUAUUCCUGCCCAGAUCGGGGCUUUAUCUAAUCUAGAGCAGCUGUCUUUGGACCAUAAUAAUCUUGAGAAUCUGCCCCUGCAGCUUUUCCUAUGCACCAAACUAUAUUAUUUGGAUCUAAGCUAUAACCACCUGACCUUCAUUCCAGAAGAAAUCCAGUAUCUGAGUAAUUUGCAGUACUUUGCUGUGACCAACAACAAUAUUGAGAUGCUUCCAGAAGGGCUGUUUCAGUGCAAAAAGCUGCAGUGUUUACUUUUGGGGAAAAAUAGCCUGACGAGUUUAUCCCCUCACGUGGGUGAGUUGUCAAACCUCACUCAUCUGGAGCUCAUUGGUAAUUACCUGGAAACACUUCCUCCUGAACUUGAAGGCUGUCAGUCCCUAAAACGGAGCUGCCUGGUUGUCGAAGAGAAUUUACUUAAUACUCUUCCUCUCCCUGUAACAGAGCGUUUGCAGACAUGCUUAGAUAAAUGUUGACUGAAAGAGAAAAUAAUUUUUAAAUGUAUACCCCAGGGCAUUAAUUGAGAAUUAAGAUUUCCCAAGUUAUAAAGAUGAAAAAUGGAUAAUAAUUAAUUCUGACUAUAACCAAAUGUCUUGUUAAAGCAACUCAUAGCUAACCCUAAAUUAAACAGGUGACAAGUGUUAACAGUGAACUAAAGUUUUGUGCAUAGCUGAUCUUUAAUGAAUUGAGAUGUAAGACUUACACUUCAAGAGUGUAAUGAGGGAUGUGAAAUUACUGAAUUUGUACUUUGCAAGUUUUUUUUUUUACUUUAAAGAUUAUAUACUUUUUCCUCUCCCUCCCCCAGCCCCCAAUACUUAUUUGCACACUUGAUUUAACUGACUUCCUGUUUUGAUAUUUAUCAUCCCGACCAUAAACUCAUCAUGUAAAUUUCCUUGAUGUAUACUCAGCACUGUCUUUGAUUUAUGUUCUUAGAUAUUUUUAGUCAGGGUGCAUUGUGCUUGGCAGAAUUCCUUCUUGGCUGAAUUUUUACUUCCUUUCCUAUUUUGUGCAAGUCUUCCUUAAUCUGGUUUUCUCUUAACAACUAUGAUGAACCCUGAGAAAGUGCCUGCCUUUGACCUUUGCAUAGACGGAGCAGGACACAUAGGACAUGUCUUCCUCGGGGCUUCCUGAAAAUUAAUGAAUUCUCUAAAAUAUCUUCUUGAGUCUCAUCAAAGUCUUUUUAUUUGCUAUUUUGUAUUAAAUGUAAAACAUAUGACUAUUUUCUAAUAUAUAACCUUGGAUUCAAAAAUCUGUGAGAAUUUUUAUAAGGCACAGAGGACAUACUUCUUUAAGAAUUUACUUAGUUUGGGUUGUUGAUGAUUCUCUAUGUGCAUUUCUCCAAAAUGUCUCAGACUCUGCCACUAAUUACUUUUAGAUAACAAAAGCCUUGUGUUUCAUGCCCUUAAAUAUUUGGGGGGUUUCCUUAGAAGAGGAUGGCCAAGUUAUUUACCUCUCUCUUCCCUGGUUGCUGUGCUAUUGUACGGGUACAAUUCUUCAUUCAAAAACUGUGAUCGAGGGGAGAGGUACAGAUUUGAAUCUUUAAAAUUGAUUUUGAAACACUUUGUAGAAAUUCACUAAGAGUUCAAGCAAAAUACCUUUUUUGCUCCAUCUGCAUGAUCUAGUUAGAUGUGAUGAUAAUGUAAAACACUCAGCCUCCAUCCAGUGCUUAAGAUGAGUUCUCAAAGCUCACAAAGAAAUAGAUCCAUCUAACUGAAAUUCAUCUCAUGCCAUUGUCUAACUUUGCUGGAAUACAUUUUGCUCUGUUUUUAUAAAGAGCUUUGUGUUUGGCCUUUUAUUAUCAUGCAUAUUGUAGAAUGAAUAAAAUUGACUCAUUUUGGGGAAAUGUACAUUUUUAAUGUGUUUUUCUCUAAUGGGUCUAGGCAUGAUGAUGCCAUCUCAUUUUGGCUGUAACUAUGAAGUGAUCUAUUAACUGCACGUAGGCAAAACUGGAAAACACUAUGGAUAAAGAGUACUGUAAACAUGGAAUUGUGAUGUGUGCUAUGUCUUUUCUUGCUUUGUCACUCCAGAAAGACAAAAUUGAGUCUUCAAAUUAUAGUAAAUGUAUUUUCCUCACACCCUUGCACUGAAACUCAGAGAAAAGAAUUGUUGAUUUCAAAUGGAAUUUGAAUUGUAUUAGCUACAAAUAUAUAAAAUACCAAAAACUGCCUAACACAUUAUUGUUGGUUCUGAAUGAGACGGAACAGUGUAAAAAUGUAAUUCUUACCCAAACUUGCCUUUAGUCAGAACUUUCAAGUUCUCAGGGACCCAGGUAUACUUAAUGAAACUUUCUUCUAAGACUUGAGAAAACAGAUUCUGACUAUCUGCAGGGAUUUGGAGUUGUGCUUUUUCAUGUGAGUCGUCAUUUUAACAUUUCCCACUAGAACUCUCACGUGCACUCCUUCUGGAAACAUGAAUACAAUAUGUGAAGAGGUGUAUAAGUGGUCUUGGCCACAUAAUUAGCCAUAAUUUUGUACGAGAUAUCCAACCCUCUUCAAUAAAGUUUUCCAUAAAGAAAACUUCCAUAAAGUUUUCAAGGCAAAUUUCAGGGUUGUGACCAUCCCCUCCCCAAACAAGAACUUCUCCAUGGCUAGUCACUGGUUCCAUCAACGUGUCAAAAUGAUUGACUAAAUAUUCCUUAUCACCUCGCUAGAGUUCUGAAAACAGCUCACGAUCAGGAUCCACCAUGAACAUUGCAAACUGCUUUCCUACCCCUAGGAUAUAUAUAUAAAUAUAUUUCCUGUUGCAAGGAAUUGUUCUUGAUGCCAUAAUUUCUAGAUUUCAUUUUUUAUUUUGAUCUGACACAUCAGUGUUUAGGUAGCACUUGAAAUGGUGUUGCACUGAUAACAGUCAACUCAGAGACCACCACCUGACAUGCACAAUGUGGUAUUGAUGCCACCUGUAUUGUUGGAGCGGUUCUUCAUUUUGCAAAGGUUCAUAUUCAUUUGGGGAGCUUGAAAUGAAGAAAAUGAAGCUUGUUUAGUUACAAUUCUGAGACUAGUUGGCAUUUGAUUUUCAAGAAUAUGUAGUUCAUUUUCCAAAAAAUAAUUGUGGAUGUUAUUUGAAACAAAGGUGAUAGCUUGUGUUAGCAAUGGCAUUGGUUCAUUUGAUUUACAUGCGCGCGCACACACACCCCCCUAUAAGCAAAAUGUUACUAGUUUUUGAUGUUUUCUAUUUUUUCCAAAGUUGCAGUUGUAGGCGAAUGUUGAGAUGUCCUUUUAUGUUCAUUACUUCUGUUCUCUUAGUAGUUCUGUUCUUUUAGUUAUAAUGUUUAAAAGAAAUCUGAGUGCUCGAUCUCAGCCUGAGGACCUGACUGGUUUUGAGCAUUUCCGAUAAGGUGUAGUGUUCCUUCCCUAACCUAUGUCAGGUAGAUCUAGGUGUGCAUACAUAUGGUGUCUCCAUUCUCAAUUUUAACUUCCUUCCUUGGAUGUCACCAUAUUUCACUGUCACUUAACCAACGAUUGUGUUAAACAGGGUAUCCAGAGGUGCUCAGAUCUCAGCGCUGGGACAUAGCUCUGACUUAUGUGCUCUCGUGAGCUUCAGUUACUUAUUUUCAUAACAUUGUGUGAGACUGAAAAUGUGUGUUUCUGUUCAUCAGGUGUCUCAUGAUGCAAAUUUUGUAUAUUUAAUUAAAAUACUAUAUAAUAUUGAUGGGUUCAGAAACUAUUAAAAUAAUCAAACAAUUAUUCUGUGGAUUUAUAGUUUUAUUUCCUUAUAUGUUUUUGAUAAAGUGUUCUUUCCAUCUUUCCAUUCUCUCAGUAUCACCCUACUCACAUAAAUGUUUUGCUUUUCCUCUCCAUUCACCCAUGUCCUUAAAUUUGAUCAGCAAACGUAUAGUAACAGAAUAUACUUGUGCUAGAGAAAGUGCAGUGAAACUUGAGCUUGGAUGGCAGGGGGUGGGUGGGUGUGACGCCAGACCCUGUAAUUGAGUAGUUCUAUUUUACCCAUCCCCAUCCCGAUGGUAUUUUGAAUGGAACAGUGAUUCCUCAUCCUUACCAAAAGCAUGCAAAUUUAAGUAAAUCCAUUUUGUUUUCAAUAACUGUACAUUGCAUCAGAAUCUCUGUUUAUUUCUUUCUGGAAACAAGAAAAGGCGGAUGGGGAGGAAUUAUUUUGCAUCCUGGUUUGUGUUAUGAAGACAUAUACAUGAAAUGAUAUAAAAUAGUAACUGUUGCAAAGUGCCCUGGAUAUAACUGUUUCUUCUGCUGGAUAUGAAAGCUGAAGCAGUGAAAUUACUGCAGUCUUAUUUAAUUGGGUUCUUCCUGUUUCUGGUCCAUCACUUCUGCAUCCACUGGAAACUAUCUAUUAUAAGUACCUUCUGUCAAGGACUACAUUCUCUUCAACUUUUUUAUUUUUAUAUGAAACAAUUUCACAACACUAAAGCAUUAACAUAGAUGAUAUGAGCGAAAGCACUGAUACGAGAUGGCUUCCAGGUGAACUUAAUUCAUAUUUAAGUUUUGCAUUUGACUUGUAUAAUACACUACUGCUGAGAAAAAACAAUAUGAAUGCCUUCUGCAUGUUAUAUAUUAUCUCUAACAGAGAUGGUGUAAUUUUAAAAAUACAAAGGGGCAUAGAGUCAGAAUAGAUGUGUUUGUGCAUAUAUGUGUUGUAUAUAAACCCUAAUAUUUGUUUAAAUAUUUUUAAACGCUUCCAAGUUUUACUCUCAGUGAAAUAAUGGGCCAAUUUGAAGUAGAGACAUUUUCUUUUGUUAAUUUCACAGUACAGGCUAGAAUCUGUUAUUUUGUCACCUAUUUUGAACCAUGUACAUAAUCUUUUGCUUCUGGUAACUAAUGCUUAGAAAACAUAAGAUUCUGUUGUGACUUUCAUGUUCUUGGCCCUCAGGUUUACCAUGUAAAUCUGUUUUUUGGUGGUAAAUCCCUUUGCCUGAGAUUCAGUAGUUUUUGGUAAGCUUUACUGUUUUUAAAGUACCUUUUGUGUAAAUUAAGAAUUCAAUUUUUAUAAUAAAUGGAAAAUAAAAACAUUA